UGAAUAUAUCCAACUAUAUUCAUGAUAUUCUAAUCAAUGGUUUUUUCUGGAUUGGUUUAUUUACAAAUACUGCCAAUGUAUGAUUUCGUUUGACAAUAAGAUCAUAUUCAAUAUUCAAGAUACAUAUUCAUUAUGUACAAUAAACGCACGAAAAAAUUGUGAUAUCUAACUUUGAUAAUUCAUAUUUUAAAUUUUUAAGAUAGGAUUAAUACUUUAUAUUAAGAUAAAUAAUGUCCGAGAAAAAUAUAAUUGAAUGGACACAAAAGGAUGUGGCAAAGUGGCUUAGUGAAAGCGGACAUGAAAAAUUUGUUGAUUUAUUUUUUGAUCAGGAAAUUGAUGGAAAGGUGCUCUUGACUUUGAAAGAAGAUGAUUUAAAAUUAAUAUCCAUGAACAUAAAGAAAAUUGGUGAUAUAAAGAGAUUAUAUAUUAGUAUAAAACAAUUACAAAGAGCUAAUAUGGCAGUAUUGUUUGAAUUAGGAUAUGUUGAUAUAUUUCCUUCAUCAAAUUUUUUUAGUCAUCAUAAACAUGAAAUGCCUAGUAGUGGUAUAAAUAAUGAAGGUUCUAUUGAACACGAAUUUUAUUCUGCAUCUAUGUCAGAAGAUGGUCAUGCAUCACAUUUGCCCCCUGAAAUUUGGAAAGCUUUCAUUAGUUUGGCAUAUUUAUUUAUUGUUACAUGGAUUACUGCCUUUGUAAUGGUUAUUGUUCAUGAUAGAGUGCCUGAUAUGAAAAAAUAUCCUCCGUUACCUGAUAUAUUUUUAGAUAAUGUUCCACAUAUUCCUUGGGCAUUUGAUAUGUGUGAAGUUACUGGAACUAUACUUUUUGCAAUAUGGCUUAUUGUUUUAAUUUUUCACAAAUACAGAUUUAUUUUAUUACGAAGAUUUUUUGCUUUAUCUGGUACAGUCUUCCUGUUAAGAUGCGUUACAAUGCUCAUUACUUCCUUAUCGGUACCAGGUGCACAUUUACAAUGUCAACCACGGAAGGUUCCUGAAGAUUGGACAAAUUCUGCAUAUGUAGAAUUAUAUAAUAAGAUUGCUAUGGCGUAUGUUAUAUGGCGUGGUGCUGGUAUGUCGAUUCAAGGUGUUAGAACAUGUGGCGAUUAUAUGUUUAGUGGACAUACUGUUGCAUUAACUAUGUUAAAUUUUUUUAUUACAGAAUAUACACCAAGACAAUUAUAUUUCUUACAUACUUUUACAUGGAUGCUCAAUAUGUUUGGUAUAUUUUUUAUCUUAGCAGCACAUGAACAUUAUUCUAUUGAUGUUUUUGUAGCUUUCUAUAUUACUUCUCGAUUGUUUCUUUAUUAUCAUACUCUAGCAAAUAAUCAGGCAUUAAUGCAACGUGAUUCAAAUAGAACUAGAAUUUGGUUUCCAUUAUUUAGUUUUUUCGAGUCUUCUGUCGAUGGUAUCGUUCCAAAUGAAUAUGAAUCUCCAUCUUUAAUUAUUUGUAAUCUCGUAUGUACGGGAAAAGAUAUAUGGCAUUUAGUACGAUCUUCAAUUUGCUUCCGUAAAUCAUGGCGUAAUGUAAACAGCAGUGUUGAUAGAAAAAAUAGCACAAAAAAGGAACACUAGCCAAUUUAAUAAGUUAUUUUAGUUUUAUAUUCAUUUGAUAAUAGAUUUUUGAAAAUAUUAA